AGUCCUGAAUAGGUCACAUGACCGCUUCACUGCCUCCUCAGUCGACUCCUGUUUUGCCUUCAGUCCCUGCUCCUCUGCCGCUCCGAGUCCUCCCUGAUAUGGAUCAGAAUAGGAAAAUUAAGAGGUCCACGGUGAGGUUAGCUUAGCCUCUUGUGAAAAAAAACCCAGACCAGAGACCAGGACAGGAGGCGGAUUCCAGGUUUCUCCGAGGCAGACACCUGAGAGGACAAAGAAGAAGAAGGAGCAGCACCUGGAGGGGGGAUUCUGCACCACCUGUGAAAGCUUUACUGUUUGCGGAGAGCUGUCAAUGCUGGACUCCCUGAUCUCUCAGCGAGAGGAUCUGUGAGGCUGGGGGCGAACGACACCCAGCCGACCAACUAACCACCACCACACCCAAGAUGAUGGCUUCCAGCGAUGUGGACACCCGUGCUGAAGGUUCUUUAUUCUCUGACCAAAAUCCCUCAGAAAUGGACGCCCUCUGUCCCUCUCCCCCCGGACCUAACAGACCUCAGCGUAACUACGAGAGGAUUGGAGAAAGGGCGGGAACCUCGUUCUGUCAGACUCUUAUCCACUUGUUAAAAGGGAACAUCGGCACAGGGCUGCUGGGUCUGCCUCUGGCUGUUAAGAAUGCAGGGCUGGUGCUCGGACCGGUCAGCCUGCUGUGUAUGGGGGUCGUAGCCGUCCACUGUAUGAGGCUGCUGGUCAAAUGUUCCCACCACCUCAGUGUAAAGGUGAACAGGCCGUUUCUGACCUACGGCGAGGCGGUGCAGUAUGGGAUGGAAAACGUGUCAUGGCUGAGGAGACACUCACAGUGUGGAAAGCAGACAGUGAACGUGUUUCUAAUCAUCACUCAGCUGGGCUUCUGCUGCGUCUACUUUGUCUUCCUCAGUGACAAUAUCAAACAGGUGGUAGAAGCAGCCAACGCCACCACCUUCAGCUGCCACGUCAACUUCACCAACCAGACGCAGGUCCUGGUGCCCAGUUUCGACUCCCGUCUCUACAUGCUCUGCUUCCUGCCCUUCUUCGUCCUGCUGGUCUUCACCCCCAACCUGAAGUACCUGGCCCCCCUCUCUCUGAUGGCCAACCUGGUCAUGACGGCCAGCCUGAUCCUCAUCUACUUCUACUCUCUGAUGAACAUCACCUACCCCAUCGAUCUGCCUAAAGUAGGCCGGGCUAAAGACUACCCUCUCUUCUUUGGGACGGCCAUCUUUGCCUUUGAAGGGAUUGGAGUGGUUCUUCCCCUGGAGAACAAGAUGCAGAAGCCUCAGAAGUUCAUCCCUGUUCUGUAUUUGGGGAUGGGCAUCGUCACCUUCCUCUACAUCAGCCUGGGCACCAUAGGAUACAUGUGCUUCGGGGAGCACAUAGGAGGGAGCAUCACUCUCAACCUGCCAAACUGCUGGAUGUACCAGGCCGUGAAGCUGCUCUACUGUUUCGGUAUUUUCAUCACCUUCGCUCUGCAGUUCUACGUCCCGGCAGAGAUUCUCAUCCCCCCGGUUGUGGCUCGCGUGUCGGAGAGGUGGGAGAGGCCCGUCGACCUCCUGCUCCGCACCCUGUUGGUCAUCUUCACAUGUGCUCUCGCCAUCCUGAUUCCGGAGCUGGACUUGGUGAUCUCGUUGGUGGGCUCGGUCAGCAGCAGCUUCCUGGCGCUGAUCUUCCCCCCCUUGCUUCAGAUCGUCACGUUCCACUCGGAGGGCCUGUCACCCAUCUCGGCCGUCAAGAACGUCAUCAUCAGCGUCUUCGGGUUGGUCGGGUUCCUCACGGGGACCUACAUCGCCAUCGAGCAAAUCAUCACUCGGAACGGACUCAAACUCUCAGAGGAGACGUUCUCUUCUUACCUGGUGCAGUGAUGAAGAGGAGGGACUGUUGGCAGGUGGAUGUUGACACCCACGCCGUUUAGUACACGUUUUUUAGGGCACAUUUUUUAUCAUUUCUUUCUUUGAUUUGCUGCUGUUGGAUGUCGUGACCAUUUUAGGAUUAAUCUAGCACAUGUUUUUAAGUACGGUUAUUUAGUGCAAUGUAAUGAAAAGAUUUGAAAACGUCAUUCCUUCAGGUAGGACAUUAUUUAAACCAUUCAAAGAGGGACUUGUAGAGGUAAUUUAUCAAUCCACAGUCUGAGUAUUUUGAUGUGUUUCAUAUUUGGGUCAGAAAAUCAAACUACCUCACAAACUGGUAUUGAUUUGGACUUUGAAAGUUCCAGAUUAGACGCUGUUGUUGAAGUAGUGUUGACUUGUAGCCUUCAUCCCGAAACUGCUUCUCCUGUAGAGCUUUCAGAGUUCGACCAACCGCCUCGCCCAGGACAAGAAACUUCUCUUUGUGUUGCACUUUGAUUUAUGCCUUAUUCAGCUUCGACGUAAACGACACAUCACGCAAAAAAACUUAAAGUCCAGAGAAACUGGAGAUGAGAACUUGCAGAGAUGAGAGAUUUGUAAUUAAAUGUAGAACACAAAAAAAGAAAAGGGUUGAGUAUCAAAAUGCUUUGGAGUUUGAGCCCCCUAAUGAACAAGAGCGAUGGAUCCUUUGAAUCCUGCUGCUGAUAACUGACUCCUGGUAACAAGAUCAACACCUUAAAACACAAUCAAACUAAUCCUCUGUACAGAGCAGGCACUUUAAUUCUAAAUUAUAGCAUCUAAGUUUGUCUUUGUAUGGGUAAAAACUAUGUUAAAUGUUUGAUUAACAUGGACCCUGUGAAAUGCAGACAUGUAGUGGAGGAGGUGGGAAGUGUUUUAGAUUAUGCUUAUAUAAACAGUAACAUGAAUCAAAGGGAAAGUAGAGUUAUAUGACAGGAUGAUGAGAUCUUGGACCCUGAUGAAGCGGUAAUCCUAGAUGUUCUCUGUGUGUGUUUGUGCCUCAUUAUUUUAACUAUCCAGGACGCCAGAGUAGCAUGACGAUCUGACUAAACCGAGAUACUGAUCCAGGAUCACGUCUCUAUUUCAUCAUUCGAGUCCAACAUGUGGAUCUUGACUUAUGAAAUGCUCAAUAUGAGAAAGUCUGGGGUCUUAAAUCCAAAUUCUAAUAGUUUCAGUGUGAUUUUUCUUCUUCAUUCAAGUUUUAGUUUGAUUUUUUCAAAUGAUUUUUAAAGUGGGGUUGUAUGAGGAUCUCGUCUAUAGUGAGUGUUUUAACCACAGAAGACAAAUCAGGUGUGGAACCAGCUUAUGGACCACCACAGACAGGUCAUUGUUACCACAUACUUUGAGCUAGCUUCAGUAACCAAGACCCAAAUAUUGACGUGUUUUUAAGCGCUUUACUCUCUUAUAAGAGAGACCGUUAGUUUGUAGAGUGCACUGGAGAACUGUCUGGCUUCCUGGUUGGAAAUAUACUUACAGUUGACUCAAGAUGAGACAGGAUUUGCGUUUAUUCAAGUGAUUGUUAAGUAAAGAAAAAUGGAAUAGUUCAUGUGACUGUUAUCUACAGAAGAGGAUUAGGGCCACUGGGGGGGAAAAUACAGACAAUACAAAAAAUGCAAUACAAUUUUUUUAAAUCUGAGAUUACAGAAAAUUCUGAUUUUUUCCCUCAGGAUUCUGAAAAAUGAAUAAAGGUGCAUUUUUUUU